AUGGCUCAGGUGUCCUCCAUCGCGAUGGCUCUGGCCUCGCAGUCCUCCUCGCGCGCCAUCCCGAAGACGCGCCCUGCGGGAGACCACUCCGGCACUGCCAGCUACGAAAGGGCUGCCAGCGCAUUGCUGACGCCUCCCAACUCCAUCUCGCCGGAACUGGCCGCCUGGCCGAACCAUGCCAGUGCCAUGUCACCACCGCUCAUGGACAUCACGGAAGAGAUGGAUUUGGAGGAUCGACACGACUCUCCGAACGAUGACAUCCAACAAGGCGGCAUGCCGCUGAGCAAAGGCGCCUUGUCCAACCUCGACGAUGCAGUCACCAUUACCCCGAGCAUGCUCGCCAAGCAUCACCUUCCAGGUAUCAUGCUGGGUAACGGACCUCGACCCAUCCGCUAUGUGAUGGGUGAGCUGUGCCAGACCGUGCCCGGCUUCUCUCGCAUCCCACCGGCCAAGGCACGUCGCAUCGUCGUGGCUGCCCUCGAAAGCCGAUCGGGAGGUGGACUUGACGGGAACGUCGAGUUCUGCAAGACCGGCUGGGGUCGAUGGGAUGCACAUAUCAAGGGAUCGUCGCGCGACUCCGCCGUCGGCUCCUUCAACGACGGCCACCUAUCGCCACCGCGAAGCGAGCGCAGCUAUGCCGUCUCUCAUACCGAUUCAGGAGUCAACAUGCCUGCUGUACACAUGCACGGCAAGCAUCGAGAGCACUACUAUGGUGGCAGCUGGACCGAACAUGGUCUUCGAGAGGAGGACGAACUCGAUAUGGACGACAUGGACCCACUCGAGGAGGCGGCUGAUAAGAUGUCUCUCGACGGAGAGUCUGACUCCGAUUCGUUGGACGAUGAGACCGACGACGAGGACUGGGCUGCUGUUGGCGUCGAUGCGUUGCGGGAGGCUUCACUGCCCACUUCCAACGCUCCACAACUGCCAGUCCGUGCCGUCAGCAUUCCCUACAACGGUCGCUUUGCUCAGAAGAGCUGGCAACGCCGACCAUCGAACAACAACUUCAACAGCCACUCUUCACAAUCUACUUCACUGCCUUAUGGCAGCGGCUUCAACACCAUCACUCCGGCUAUGCAGACUCCGGAGGAACACGAAGCCAUCGCAGCUCUCAUCAAGAUGGGCAGCAUGUGA